GUUGACAAAUUGCCGUCCUAAAGCAGUUAUCCCCGCCCUUGAUUUUGACAUAAAUUUUCAUUUACCUUGACUCAUUCUCGAAAGGUUGAUUUCCAUGAAGGUACCGGGAACAAAAAGAGGAAGACGACGGACACUUUCGAUGAUCUUCCCACACUGCCUCUUCUCUGGUCGUUUUCCAAUCUCAAAGUCUUGUUAUUUCCAUUUUCCUAGGAUUCAUUAGUCAAUUAAAUGACUCUAAUAUUAUAAAACUUGAAUCUUUGGUCAAUCAUAAUCUACUAGUGAAACGCGGAAGGUCCUUAGUAUUACAAAAUUAAUAGACGUAAGAAGCAAGCGAAAUAUUCAUUCAAUGUGAUUCUCGAACUUUUAAUUUGUUUAAUGUAAUUCUUGGACUUCUGGUACAUACUAAACUAUAUAAAAAUAUUCAAUAUAGUCUCCCCACAUAUAAACUAAUGAAAAUAUGAUAUUGAAUAUUUUCAUAUAAUUCAGGAAUUAAGUUGAAUAUGUACAAAAAAUUUAAGUACCAUAUUGAAUAAAUUAAAAGUUUAGUGAUCAUAUUACAUAUUAAACUGAUUUUGAUGGAUUAUAUUAAAUAAAUUAAAAAUUUAUAAAUCACAUCAUAUAUUGAAUCAAAAUUCAAGGGCUCUUUGUGCAAAGAUAAGGAGAAUAAAAUAACAUGGCAAUUAUCAAGAGUCUGUCAUAAUGUCAGACGCGUUCUUGCCUCCAUCUCUGCAACCGCGAGGGGGUUCUCUCCCACUGGCCGCGGGGAAUUUCCGCGUUUUCCUUGGAUCCGUGUCCGUCGAGCACCGGAACUAACGGGCGAACAUUCGCAGCAAAUCUUUCGAAGACCCAGAUCACACGCCAUUCCUUCUCCCCAGAUUGUGCAACUCCGCAGACCUAGAAGAAGCCUUUAUAUACUUUACCGUUUCUGCCUCUUGUCCUUCACUUCGCUUUAGCUGUUGGAGCGAUACUAAUUCACUGAAGAGCAACUUAAUCUCCCAUCCGUUUGAUGUUCUUGCCGAGGCUGAAAAGCGUCAAGCUUAUCGAUCCGCUCCUCCUCGCGCGCCAGGGCUCCGUGCCGAGACCGGUCGUCCGAGGCCUCUUUUUCGUGCUUUGACUCCUUGCGAGUGAAGGGCAUUAGAGGGUUUAGCUCCUAGGGUGCCGUUUCCCAUCAGGUACAAGUCUAUCAGCGCAUCAUCAGCUUUGAGGCAAGUCAUGACUGAACAUAACGAUAGUGGGAUCGAGCAGAUUCAACUGCUCGAUGGGUGUGAGGAUUCAUAUGGAGGAGUCAGGGUGGAGAUCAAGGAGGAUAUGGAUGCUGAUGUCAUGAAAGCUGAUGUCUUUGCGUCUUUGCUCCGGGCUUCAGUAUCAAGCUGGAAACAACAGGGGAAGAAGGGAGUGUGGAUCAAAUUGCCCAUUAAAUGUUCACAUCUUGUUGACAUUAUAGUGAAGGAAGGAUUUAGGUAUCACCAUGCUGAAUCAGAUUACUUGAUGCUUGUCCGCUGGCUUCCUGAGACCCAGGAUACUAUUCCUGCUAAUGCUUCACAUAGGGUGGGCGUUGGUGCUUUCGUCUUGAAUGAUAAAAGAGAGGUGCUUGUAGUCCAAGAGCAUAGUGGAAGGUUCCAAGGUACGGGUGUAUGGAAACUCCCCACUGGAGUUGUGAACGAGGGUGAGGAUAUAUGUGAUGCAGUUGUCAGGGAAGUAAAGGAAGAGACCGGAGUAAGUGAAGAGUUUUAUGUUGUGUAGAAAAGUUAAUUAUCUGAGGCAUUUCACUUGAGAAUUCCAACUAAAGCCGUAUUCUUUUACGAUCUACAGGUAGACACUAAAUUUGUUGAAGUCCUUUGUUUCAGACAGAGCCACAAAUCAUUCUUCACAAAGUCGGAUUUGUUCUUCCUUUGCGUGCUUCAGCCAGAAUCAUCUGCUAUUGAUAAACAGAACGUAGAGAUUGAGGCAGCCCAGUGGAUGCCAAUUGAGGAGUAUGCAGCACAACCUUUUGUUGUUGGAAACAAGCAAUUCAAUUUCAUGGCGAAUAUAUGCUUGGUGAAGGCUGAUCAUGGCUACCCUGGUUUCAGUGCUCGGGCCACAACUACUAGGGGUGGAAAAAGGAAUUACAUCUAUUGCAAUAAGCCUGAAAUUGUGGAGAACUUUGCAAGUUUGAUGUAAUUACUAAAAAAUAUGAAUUUUUUAAUUCUUAAUUUUUAAUUUCUUUUAACGCUUAAUUUUUUAUAUAUAUAUUUUUUCCUUCUUCCUCUUA